AUGACAGUCAAGCAGAAAUUACUACUGGCAGACUCACCAAUACUCAGGGGCAAGUGGAAAGGGUUUCUCUACUCUCAGGGCGGCACAAAGGUGGUUGGAACAGUGGAGGUCGAGCUAUGUGGAGAACCCUACCGCAAGAUUCCGAGUGACGGUUUCAAGCAAGAAAUCCGCAAUGUUGCACGAGCCCGGGAUCCAAGGCCUGCGGUCAGCCACCUCGCUGCCCGACACACUCAGUCGGCACCCGAGGUGGCAGAAUCCGGUGAAAACGCACAGGCAACUGCUUUGCCUGCCCCUAAGGUCACCCUCUCUUCGGAACAAGAACAUGUUCUAGAACUCGUAAAAACCGGUAGAAAUGUUUUCUUCACUGGUCCUGCUGGUUAA